GUGGUGGGUAGUUCACUUUUAGAAGACGAACAAAACUUAUUAGCCGAAAGCAAUAAACUCCAUUAUUCCUAUUGUAAUGAUAAAGGUAAUUUAGCCAUGGUGGAAGUUAACAACCCCGACAUUCAGCCCCGAUUAAGAACUGUGAUAUUAGACUUACAAACGGAGGCCACUACCCAAGGCAUAACUAUUUUUAAAGCUGGUCCCAACGAUGGUUUUGUUAAUAAAUUAACUAAUUCCCAAACCCUAGCCUUUUUAGCUCCAAAAGAUUAUUAUCUUAAUAGAUCAGCCCAAUACCUAGCAUUUAGUAAACAAAAAGAAAAUAAUGCCGAACCUGAUAAACCGAAAACGGGUAUUCCCGAAGAAAUAGCCUUGCCCGAAAUAUUUAACCAAUAUCCUCAUUUAAUUCACGAAAGCACAGUCCAAAUAUUUCACCUCAAUAAGUUAAUUCAUACCGGAUUUUUAAAUCAAUUUUGGUUAGAAGAAAAAGGAGGAGGAGUUAACCCCGACGGCCGACCCUUGCCUAAAUAUGUGGUCUUAAAAUUUCUUAACCAAGUUCGAGCCAACCCCCAAGUCUAUAAAACCCAAAAUCUCAUCCAACAAGUUAUUUCGGGUUUAGCCGAACAUUUUGUUGGUAUUAAAUCUUUGCUAGGUCUCCAAGACGAAGUUCCCAAAGAAGAACCCGAAAACGAAGAAAGCACUCGGAGAACCUAUCGCAAUCCCAACAAGUCAGCAAGUAAAAAUAAGCCCUUAAUCACUCCUGAUUUGUUAUAUGCUAACACGGUCGAUUUAAAAUAUGAUUUUUUUGAGUUUGCUAAUCGUUAUUGUGACCCCUCUCUGGUUUUCCGUUUUCAAUAUUCCAUGAACUUACUCAACAAUCUUCAUAACUCCAACAACAAGAGCCACGAAUUAAACCUCGAUUUGAAGUUUAAUAAUCUAGGAGUAAUUAUUAACAAAGUCGGAGAAUACCAAGGAGACUUAAAAUUAAAGGCCGAUACGGAUAACUUUAUGGGAGAAAUCUUGGAAGAAGAUUUAACUAACCCUGAACUAAAAUUAACUGCUCCCCAAAAUGAAGUAGUUUAUCCGAUUUCGGAUGCUAGUAUUGCCGUGGGUGAUGAAACCAUGACGGCUCACACUUUUACCCACGAAAUUAAAUACGAGGCUGACAAAAGAGAAUAUGCCCAUGCUACUUAUUUUUGCUUUAACAAUCCUGAUAAUACCGAGCAAGAUUUAGUUAACCAAAGAAAAUUUACUAACCAACACCCAGCCUUUAAAGACCACUACCGAGAAACAGGCACUACUAAUUCGGUAAGUCAAGACGACCUCCAAGAAGAACGACAAGAGGACCAAGCCGAGGAAAUACCUGACCUGAAUGAAUUAGAAGAGAAUGAGGGAGAAAACGAGGAAGGAGAACCAGGGGCCGAAUUAGGAGAGGAAUUGGAAGAGAGUGAAGCCGAGGAACAAGUAGAGGAACAAGAAUACUCUGACGAAGACGAAGAAAGUGAAGAGGAUGAGAGUGAGGACGAAGAAACCGAAAGCUCCGAAGAGGAAGGCAGCAGCAGUGAAGAAGAUUAUUAUUCCGAUGAAGACAGUGAGGACGAUACUGUGUCCGAUGAUGAUGAUUAUAGUAGUGAGGAGGAAUAA